AUGGCCGACAUCCCACCAACACCCCCUUCACGCUCCCUCCACGGCAAAACAGCCAUCGUCACGGGCGCAGGAUGCCACGGCGACGGGAUCGGCAAUGGGCGCGCAAUCGCAAUCCUCCUCGCGAGCGACGGGUGUAAUGUCCUCUGCGUGGACCGGAACCUCGAGUGGGCGGAGAAGACGGUUGCCAUGAUUACAGAACAAGCGGAAGCGCAGUCGAAAUCUGAAUCUCAAUCAAACUCUGCCUCAGCUUAUGGGAAAGCAAUCGCCAUUCAAGCAGACGUCACAAUCGCAUCCGACUGCGAGUCCAUGGUCAACACAGCCCUCUCCACAUUCUCGCGCCUCGACAUCCUAGUCAACAACGUCGGCAUCGCGGGCGCCUCAGGGACGGUCAUCGACGUCGACAUGGAGCAGUGGGCGAAGAGUCUGGAAGUGAAUGUGUCGAGUAUGGUUCUCGUAUCGAAAUAUGCAGUCCCCGCGAUGCUGAAGAAUGAGCGCGACGAGGGCGGGAUGCGCGGGAGUAUCGUCAACAUGGGCUCUGUUGCGGGACUCCGGGGUGGCACGCCGCAUCUGCUGUAUCCGACGAGUAAGGGGGCAGUUGUGCAGCUCACGAGGGCCAUGGCGGCGCAUCAUGCCGAGGAGGGGAUUAGGGUGAAUUGUGUUUGUCCGGGGAUGCUCUUCACACCGAUGAUGUACGCCGGCGGCAUGUCUGAGGAAGCGCGCGAGGCUCGCCGCAAGCGCAGUCUGUUGCAGACAGAGGGGAACGGGUGGGACUGCGCGACGGCUGUAGUCUUCCUCGCCGGGCCACACGCGCGCUGGAUGACGGGGGUCAUUCUGCCCGUCGACGCUGGGACGACGGCAGCGGUUGGGAUUGGGAUGCCCAAGAGCGCCAGUGUUAAUGGGUAG